AUGCAGCUUCCCCCCGCUGCCGUCCUGGCGACAUGGACGCCAAACUACGUUAACCCAACCACGCGCGGCCAUGGGGCCAUGAUAAUCAACGUUGUCUUCAUUAUUCUCGCCACAAUCGUUGUUGGACUCCGCCUUUACACACGUCUGCGCAUUACUUGCAGCACUGGUGUGGAUGACAUCCUCAUUGUGAUCGCUCUCCUCUUCGCCGUCGCCAUGGUCGUGGUUACUUCGUACGCUACAGAAGUAUGGGGAUGGAACCGACACGUCUGGGAUGUUCCACUAGAUUGGCUCCCUACCGUGCAGAAGAUGAACCUCGUUUUCCAAAUAAUGUUCUCUUGGUCAUCUUCCUUGACCAAGAUCUCACUCUUAUGGUUCUGUCGACGUCUUCUAGGCGCUGGAAAGGGAAGCAAUAAGGUAUUCAACUGGGCUUUCAUCGGCUCAAUGGCUUUUGUUGGAACUACCUGCACCCUCUUUACAUUUUUCAGUAUCUUCCAAUGCUCACCAGUCAAGGCUUAUUGGGACGUCGAACCUCAAUACAAACACAAAUGCAUGAACAGCGGUGAUAUUCUCUUUGCUGCCAGCGUCAUCAAUAUUUUUACCGACUUCCUGGUGACUGCUCUGCCAAUGCCACUCAUCUGGAGUCUGAAGCUGCCUGCCCGUCAACGUCUUGCCGUCAUUUCCAUUUUUGGAGUUGGAAUUAUUGUCAACAUAGCCGGAUCUUUCCGGACAUAUUUUGUUUGGCAAGCAUUUGUUGUCGGCUACGAUACGACCUGGAUGGGAUGGCCUGUACUCAUUUCAGCCGCUAUUGAAAUCAACCUAGGCUUGAUCUGCUCCUCGGCCCCCGCUUUACGGCCACUAAUCGCAGCUGUGCUGCCUCGCCUCUUGCAAUCCACCCGCAAUGUCGGCUACUCUUACAACCAACGCAGUCGUUCACAAAAACUUUGGAACUCGACCAGUCGCUCUCGUAACUCGCAUAUGGUUGUUGGUCACGCUCUCGACUCACGUCAAGCCGAUUACGAAAGUGACCGAUUCGAAAUUAUGCGAACUGUGGAGAUGGAGAGCUGGACCGAGUCCAGACUCGCUCAUCACAAUAAUAUGGGUCAUGCAUAUGAUAUCUCAACCGAGAAUACUCGCACUGACUCUCCCGACCAUGGGAUUGAACUGAAGCAGACUGCCACGGUCUACUCAUCUGCCGCCAGCGAUAAAUCCUCUGGCUCAUUACCUCGGACGGCGGUUUCGCCGUUCGAGGAACGAUACCCUCGCUGA